GAGGUUUCAACGAGAAAGCCUUAUUUCAUAGAAGAAGAAGACGAUGGUUUGGCUUCUCUAGAAGCUGGAGUUACGAGUCCUUCUUGUUACGACAACAGUCUCAAGAUGAAUCCUCAGAGUUAUUAUUACCAACAUCAUCACUACUCUGUUUCAUCUCCCAGAUCUGGAAAAUUCCAUGAUUUUAGAUUUGACAAUAGCUGUUACGGACAACAGCCACUUCCUCAUUUCUUGGACUCUUGUUUCCUCUGCAAGAAACGUCUUGGUGAUAACAGAGACAUCUUCAUGUACAGAGGAGACACACCGUUCUGUAGCGAAGAGUGUAGAGAAGAACAGAUAGAAAGAGACGAAGCUAAAGAGAAGAAACAGAGUCUGUCAUCUUCCGUGAAAGCUAUGAGAAGAAAUGAAAAGCGAAGCUCUUCUUCUUCUCCUACUAGAUCUCGUGACUAUGCUUUCCACACUGGAACCGUUGCUGCUGCCUAAUUUCAAAGUUAUAAAGUAAAAAAGUGACAAGAGAAUCCCAUUAACGCUCAUUGCUUUAACAGCUUGUUAAUGGGUUUUUUUCUUCAUCUAAAAAAAAAACUUAGUUUGAAUUUGAAAAGCUCAGAAGAAAAAAAAGAAGAAAAUGGUUAGGGAAAAAAAUUAAAAAAAAAAAAGUAAAGAAACCUCUCUUUUUCAAGGGUUUUGUCCUUCUCUUUGUUAUUUUUUUCUUUUUAUUAGUUUUUUUUUCUUUUUCUUUUAAGAAGAAAUCAACAUGCAAUUUUGGGAGUACAAAAAAACUAUGGCCAAAACGCCUAUGUGAAUUUGGUAAUUCUUGAUAUCAAAAAAAAAAAAAAAAAAAGGUAAAUCUUUUGUUUUUUAAUGGGAAGAAAAAUAUAUUUGUAAGCAUCAGACUGGCUGUUCUCUUGUUUUGGAAUGAUGGGUUUGUAAUGUAAAAAGUUUAAUAUAUAUAAUAUAAUGAUAUUGAAAUAUA